AGCCGGGUGCGGGGCUGGCUGGCGGCGCGCGUGCCCCGCGGGCAGGCACGGCGCGGCGCGGCGGCGGGUGCAAACUCGCGGCGCAGCGUGUGCUGCGGGCGUGUGCGCGGGGAGCGGGAGCGAGGCGGGCAGGGGGAGCGGCAGCGGCGCAGGCAGGGGGGGACGAACAGCCGCACACUUUCGCCACUGCACGGGAGAGGGGGACGGAGGCUGCAUGUGCGCAGCGUCGCUCGCGGAUCUCCAAAGACUGAUCUCAGCAUCCCGCAGGCUCAAUCAGAAGCAGCGACGAAACAUCAGCCGCUGCCAGACAUGGAUGAAGGAAUCUCCCGCUUGCCGGAGCGGCAGCUGCUGGAGCAUAGGGAUUUUAUAGGGCUGGACUACCCUUCGCUGUAUAUGUGCAAACCCAAAAGAGGCGUGAAGAGGGACGAAAGCAAGGAAACGUACAAACUGCCACAUAGACUGAUAGAAAAGAAGAGGCGAGACAGGAUUAACGAAUGCAUUGCCCAGCUGAAGGAUUUACUGCCCGAGCAUCUGAAAUUGACGACGCUGGGACACCUGGAGAAAGCGGUGGUGCUGGAAUUGACUUUGAAACACUUGAAAGCGCUAACAGCCUUAACGGAGCAGCAGCACCAGAAGAUCAUUGCUUUGCAGAACGGGGAGCGGUCCAUGAAGUCUCCCGUGCAGGCCGACCUGGACGCCUUCCACUCCGGCUUCCAGACGUGCGCCAAGGAAGUGCUGCAGUACCUCUCCCGCUUCGAGAGCUGGACCCCCCGCGAGCAGCGAUGCGCCCAGCUCCUCGGCCACCUGCACUCCAUCUCCUCGCAGUUCCUCCCUGGCCCGCAGCUCCUCUCCCCGCCGCCGGGCCCCCUCAGCAAGGGAUCCUCCUCCUCUUCCUCCCCGCCCGCCCCCCUCUGCGCGCCGGGCCACAAGCCGGAGGGCCAGGCUAACUGCGUGCCCGUCAUCCAGCGGACUCACGCCGCCGAGCUGAGCGCCGAGACCGACACGGACACGGACAGCGGCUACGGCGGGGAGGGCGAGGCGCGCCCCGAGCGCGGCCCCACGGCGGCGGCGGCCGGGGGUCCGCUGCCCGCCCUGGCCAUCAAGCAGGAGCCGUCGGGGGACGAGGCGCCCCCCGCGCCCAAGCGGCUGAAGCUGGACCGCGGCGGCAGUCCCCUGCCCGGCCCGCCGGGGCUGGCGGCGCGGGGCUCCGAGGCGGCGGCGGCGGCGCUGGUCAGACCCGACGCCGCCCUGCUGGGCUCCCUGAUGGCCCUGGGGGCGGGCGGCGGCGGGGCCCCCUUCGGACAGCCGGCGGCGGCCCCUUUCUGCCUGCCCUUCUACUUCAUCUCCCCCUCCGCCGCCGCCGCCUACAUGCAGCCCUUCCUGGAUAAAGGCAGCCUGGAGAAGUAUCUCUACCCCGCCGCCCCCAUCCCGCUCCUCUACCCGGGCAUCCCGGCCCAGGCGGCCGCCGCCGCGGCCGCCGCCGCGGCCGCCGCUUCCUUCCCCUGCCUCUCCUCCGUGCUCGGCCCCGCCGAGAAGGCGGCCGCCGCCGCCGCCGCCGGGCUGCCCCCAGCGCCCCACCUCCCGCACCCCUUCGCUGCCGCCGCCGGGCUGGCCGCCGCCGCCGAGCCCGGCGAGGAGGCCGAGACCGCAGCCGCCGAGGAGCCCGGCGCCGAGGGCCCGUGAGACGCCGCCGGCCGGGAGCCCCCACGGGCUCCCCGCCGCCGCUGCCCUCCCCUCGGACUGGCCGCCCCGCCGCGGGGCGGGGAGGGGCCGUUGGGCCGGUACCUGCGCCCCCGGUUGCCUACGGAGGGCAGGGCGGUGUCUGCCAGGGGCCGCGGGGCCGGGCCGGGCCGAGCCGGGUGGCGCCGGGAGCCGGCGGCCGUGGGGUGCCGGGGCCCGGCCCAGUGAGCGGCGCCCCCGCGGGGAGCCCCGCUGCCGAGGCGGCUGGUCCUGGCGGCGCCCCCGCAGAGGACCGUCGAGGAUAAAAUUUGCUACUCAGUAUUUUUUUAAUGUUCGGCUUUAUAAAUGCAUACAUAUGUUAAGGAAAACAAAACAAAACAAAAAAGAAGAAGGAAGAAAAAAAUAGUAAGGAUACUUUUUUUUUUUUUUUCUCUCUACAAGGUAACUUAAAUGUUGCACCUUAUUUGGAAUGGGUUUAUACAGUGUCCCUAAGUCCCACUUAGGAACUUGCACUUCUUGUCCGGGAGACCUGGGUGGGUUCGGGGUGAGGGCAGGGGGCGAGGCGAGGGGGGAAGGGCAGACCCCAGCACCCGUGCUAGCACUUUACUGAGAACCGCAGUGUGGAAGGAUGCACCCUGAGCCCAAACCUGCAGUGCCUUGAGCACCCGGGGAUGCUGCUGGCUCCAGCGAGUUUUGGGUGUGCAAGGGAAGGAGGGUCCGACCCAUUAUGUAACCUUGUGUUUAUAUAUAUAUAUAUAUAUUAUUUUUUUUCUUUCGGCUAAGGUAUACAGGUGUGGCAAGUGCAUUGGUUCUCACCCUGUCUUUAUUUAAAUUCAUUAUGUUCCCCAGAGGUUUUUCCCCCACCCUUGCUGUAUAAAAUGAAUGUUUCUGCACUGAACUACAAAAAGAAGCCCCCCCUCUCUCCCCCAAGAACACACAGAGCAGCUCAUCAGCCUAACUCAUUUUAUCCUCAAUUCUGAGCGACACAAACUGGAGGCCGUAGGUGAACACCUCACUGUGCAAUCAGAAACGAUUAGACCAGUCGGGGUAAGUUUCCCAUGUGGGUUCUCCCCUCAUCCCAUACGCAAAUAUCGCGAUUUCCCUUUCUGGAGACAAACCAGACACCAGAUAAUCACACAGAUAAAGCUUUUAUAAUAAGGCUUAAACCAAGACCUUGCCUAGAUAUUUUUAGUUUGUUGCCAAGGUAGCACUGUGAGAGAUCUCACUUGAAUGUUAUGUAAGAGGUGAGACACAACAGCCUGGUGAGGAGCAAGCGCGUAUCCGGGGUCUGUCAGUCCGUUCGGUGCAUCUGCUGCUGCUGUUGCUACUGUUUGCCUCAAACGCUGUGUUUAAACAACGUUAAAAAAAAAAAAAAUCUUAACUAGCCUACAGAGUGGCUGUAUGUAAAUAGUUGUUAAUACAUCCAAUUAAUGAUGUCUGACAUGCUAUUUUUGUAGGGAGAAAAUAUGUGUUAAUGAUAUUUUGAGUUAAAUAUCUUUUGGGAGGAUUUGCUGAAAAAGUUGCACUUUUGUUACAAUGCUUAUGCUUGAUACAAGCUUAUGCUGUCUUAAAUUAUUAAAAAAAAAUAAAUCCUGUCUGCAAGAAACCAGCUGUUUUAGAACAGUUUAGUAUGUGAUAUAUUAGAAAUCAAUCUUUAUAUUCAGUAUUUUCCAGCACUCCAUGAAUUCUAUUAUCUAAAUAUUUCCACACUAUUUUGUGAUUAAAAAAAUUCUUACUAAGGAAUAAAAACUUUAAUACACAAAAUGGGGUUGUCUACUAAUUAAAAAUCUUACGAUAAUAGAUAAUAAUGGGUGCACUGAGCUUCAAAACGUAUGAUUGCUUGGCUGAUGAUAAUCAUUUAAUGCCUUUUCAUAUUUUCAGUCGGGGUUUGAAUUUGCUUGGUUUCCUUUAAUUCACUUUAGUAAAGUCUGUUUUAAGAUGUGCAUGUUUCAGAAAGCAAAGUGCAAAGCAUGUGUGUGGAACAUGUAUGUUUCUUCCCGACAGCUACUUUUUCCCUCUCCUUUUCACAAAAUACUCAUCUUCAAAAUUAACAUUUUACAGCCCUGGUGCUGCAUGGGAGCUGUCUUUGCUCACAAUGAACAAACUUUGCGAUUUGCCUGACAGUCUAAUGACACAUCGCAGUCUCUGGAGGAAUGAUGUAUGUCCCAGCGUGGAAAUCCUCUAAGAAAACCGAGCAUUUGGCAGGGGGAUGUGUGUGGUGGGUGUGUGUGGUGGGGAGCAGGAGGGGGGAUAGAGUGGUGGAAAUAGGCAAGUAAUUCAUAAGCAUGGAAACCCAGCACCCUAAAGACUUGCACAGAUUUAAUAUUUGAGCUGCAGAUCACCUUUUCUUUCAAAAAUUCUUCCUGUUGCAGAGAAAUAAAAUUAAGAAAACCCUCAGACAGUAGGCAAUGUUUAUGUAAGAGAAAUACAAGGGAAGCGUUUCGUGCUCCCUCUGCUGGUUUUCCACUACCAGUGACUCCAUUCUCAGGGAAGCUCCAAAAACGAAUGAAGUUGGAAAGCAAAUACAAUACAAAACUCUUAAGACACGUGUGAUUCCAGCAGUCCUUUAAAGUAUCGAAGGAAUUAUAAAUGGGGUGAAAAGUAAGUGCUCCUUUUAAACCUUUCAAAUGGGAUUGUUAGGUAUACGUCUUUUCACACAGAAGUUAUAGUAAUAUUAAUUCCUAUUUGAAAGAGAUACAGGAGGGCCAUCUGCACACCUACCAAUGGACACACAGAAGUGCUGUUUCCACGAAGUGAUGACAAUGGAGCAGAGGCUGUUACAUCACAUCAGCGCACCUGUUGAAGUUGGUUAUUUGUGGGCUGAAAUCCAAGCUUAUCAAAGGUAACGGGAAAAAACGCUCGGUCGUCUUUGGAUCCUGUCCCUGUGCCUUGCGUUAUCGCAGGAGUGGAAGUGAACGAGGUUCAACCCUUCAACUCGGUAACUCGCCAACCACUUUACUUUGACCUGCAUACUUAACCAGCUUAACACUUGUUACGUGGCCAGAGUUAUGCUGGGACAAACGUGCUCAUAUACUCCAACCCUUCAUACUAAGGAGGGAAUUGGCCUUACUGAGCACGAAGCUCUUCCUACUGUUUUACUAUAUGCACAGAAAGGGUGGAGCCACCAGCAUGUUUCAAAAAAAUUGUACCCCUCAUGAACAACUUGCAUAGUUUGAAACCUGAGCAUGGGCUAGCUGCUUCAUGUCUCUCUCAGAUUUCCAGCCUUUGGGAAUAUGUAUCAGUUUAGAUUUCAUUGGGCUAUAAACCUAGAUCCUUAUAGGGUUUUAUCAAUUUCAGUAUUUACCAUGUACAAUAACAUUGUUUUUAUUAGCCCUUGAAUCAAACGUGCCAAAUGACUUCACACCAAGUUCCAGCAUCAGUGCAGUCUAUUAAAUUUUAUUACAUAAAGCAUAAAGACAAAAUAUGUGUAUUCAGAUAAUAUGAAUGCCUAACAAAAGCAAACACAUGGAAAAAAAAAGGUUUGUAAUUGAGGCUGAUAACCCAUUGCUGCUGGAGAAAAAAGGCAAAUGACAGGAGGGACCCUAGUGUCAGUUUAAAAUUAUCAAAUUCCAGGCUUCCUCGGAUUUCUCUGGAGCCUAAAUCAAAUUGUAUGUUUCGUAUUUUCUCAAGGUUAAAAAAGAAUCAUAUAAACAUUGGACAAGAACCUGACAGGUUUAAACAUACAUCCACUUCUGUGCAAUAAUACAUAUUAUCAAGACUUGUUAUUUCCUACCUACUUCCUACAACUGUAUGACAUAUGGACCCUCAUCCACACUUCCCGAGUGCCAAGGGUGCAGGACUGGGUGCUACAUUUAUUGCAUGCACCUGAGUACAUACUCGGUUUUCUCAUAAACCACAUGAUAAGGGAUAUAAGCUGGUGAAUGUAUUUUCUUAAGCAAUAAACUCUGAAAACAGUA